CAGAGACCGUCCCUCCUCCACAGGAUGAUGAAAUGAUGGUUAGCGAGAGACGUAGAGCUAGAAGAGAAACCCGCAGGUGGACCUGCUCUCACUCAGCUGCUGCUGGUUCCACAGGUGGAACAGUCAGAAUGGAGUGCGGAUAUGAUGUGGACGUGGAGGAGAUGUGUCCGGUGUGUGGAGACAACGUAUCCGGAUACCACUACGGUGUUCUCACCUGUGAAAGCUGCAAGGGAUUUUUCAAAAGAACGGUUCAAAACAACAAGACCUACAGCUGUGUGGAAAACCAGCAGUGCAGCAUCGAUAAAGCUCAGAGGAAGCGGUGUGCCUUCUGCAGAUUUCAGAAGUGUCUCCAUGCUGGCAUGCGUCUGGAAGCUGUUCGUGCCAAUCGCAUGAGAGGGGGGAGGAACAAGUUUGGCCCCAUGUACAAGCGUGAUCGUGCUCUCAAGCAGCAGAAAAAGGCUUUAAUACAAGCCGGUGGAUUCAGACUAGGAAACACAUCUUGUCUGAACGCAUCUCAGCAGAAAGCCGUUGCACUAACUGGGAACAUCCACUCAGUCACCAUCCUUCACGGUACUCCCCUAGACACAGAUCAACCUUCAUCAGUGUCCUUCCUCCUGCCCCCUGGUGUUGCCCCACACCACUGCUCCUCCCCAUCUAACCUCCACAAGUCAGAGAUCAGCAAAAGUUGUGCAGAUUCAUCAGGCUUUGCUGCAGGAAUCUUCAUUGAUCCUUAUGACUCAUACUCCAGACUCGUUAUCAGUCGAGGUCCAAGGGUGCCCCCGCUUGUGAUGGAGUUUCUACGCUGUGAUCCAGAUGAGCUGCAGCUGCAGAAUAAAAUCAUAACUCGCCUACAACAAGAGGAAAGUAACUGCCAAAGAGAUCCAAACAUCUUCAAUCCAGUGUUUGUCUUGGUCGAUCAGCUGCUGUGCUCCAUUGUAGAGUGGGCACGCACAUCCAUCUUCUUCAAGCAGCUUCAGGUCAAUGACCAGAUGAAACUGCUGCAUUGCUGCUGGAGUGACCUGUUAGUCCUGGACAUCAUCUCUAAACAAGUCCUUUAUGGCAGAGAAGGUAGUCUGUACCUGGUCAGCUGGCACCAGUCGGAGCUGUCAGACAUAGCUCCUCAUGACGACCCCGCUGUGGACAGCUUGACCCAAAGAGGACACCAGUUUGUGGAGAAGCUCCGCAUCCUAAGGGUGGACCGUCCAGAGUUUGCCUGCAUCAAGUUCCUGAUCCUAUUUAAUCCAGAUGUGAAGGAGCUAGAAGACCACCGAUUUGUAGAGAAGAUGCAGGAACAAACAGAAGGAGCUCUGCUGGAGUACACGCUGACCACCUCGUCUGAGAGCUCUGGUCGUUUCACUCAUCUGCUGCUGUGUCUGUCUGAGUUACGCUCCCUCAGCGCUCAGAUGGAGGACUACCUGUACAGCAGACAUCUGAGUGGGGCGCUGCCCCGCAACAACCUGCUCAAUGAGAUGCUCCACGCAAAGCACAGCUGGACAUAAGUCCUCUGGACUUGGUUUUGAAACAUUCAGCUCCUAUCAAGGCUGAAUAGAUUGUCUCUGGUGGUUUUCUGUACUUUGAAGUUGAAACGUAAUACCGUGUGUAAGAUAAAAUGUGGUAAAUUCAUUCUAAACAAGUGUUUCUGAAACAGGACCUUAGGUAUGAGUGUUUAUCUUUCUGUCUGUGUGAUAGAUAAGCAAUCUGUCUACAUUGUACUGGUGUCUGGUAUAGUAAUAAAAUCUGAGAUUUUUAAACAACCCCUUCCCUUUGCUCUGUUUAUUGCCCAGUAUAUUAAUUAAAUCCCAAAAUGUAUUUAUUUGAUGUGAUGUCUUUAAAGCACCCUGACCAAAAUAAUCCAAGGAUAUUUGUCAAACCAACAGUUAUCCAAGAAUAACAGACAAAAGUGAAACCUGCUCAUCAAAACUUUGUUUCAGCCAGUUCAAUUUAAGGAUUUUGCACAUGAAAUUAAGCGUGUCCAAGUCUAUCAGCAUUCAAUCACACCUGUAGAUUGACUGGAGGGAGGAAUGGGAAUGUUCUUUUUUCCUUCGAAGUCUAGAUCAGACCAGGGGUCUGCAAUAUUUACAAACCAAAGACCCAUUUUUCCACCUGUCCACCAAAAUAAAACUAAUUUAUAGCAGCAAAUGUUACAAGACCUUUUAAAUAAUGAUAAUUUAGAAUUUAUGGAAGACAAUUAUGGCCACUGACACAGAAUAUCUCCUCUAUUAUUAGGUUUUAAAGUGAAUAAAUAUACUUUAGUAAAAAGAGUAUGGAUAUUAUCUAUGGGAUGUUGACAUCUGUUUGUAAAAAGGUAGAUCACUAAUAUGUUUAAUGUCAUUCUGCUGUGGAAAUUUGAUGCAGUUAUUCCAUGAAAGAAAAUGAAAAGCUGCGUAGACUGGUGUUUUUAUCGUACUGUAGCCUAUCUAUAUCUAUGAAUUUAAGUUUGUUUGUUUGGGUUUAUUUUUUAGAUAACUUUUUAGCUAAAUUCAUAGAGAGCCAUUGUGGAAGGUCUGUAGAGCCCCAUGUGGCUCCAGUGCCUCGUUUGCAGACCCCUGCUUUGCGUCAAUGCAGCUUUUAUAAUAGACAGAGAUGCAGAUAUUUUACAAGUACUUUGUUUUUUAAAUAAUUCAAUUAAAGAUUUUAAGAAUUCAAAGUAUCAGAGGUUUUCUUAGUAAUUUAGAACCUGUGAAAGACCAGAACCAUCUCACUGAUCUUUGCAGAAGCCUGACCUGAACAUUCUUUCAUCACACAUCCCGUGUUACAAAAGAACUUAACUGCAGAUCUCUGAAAUAUUCAGCAAACAGAGUUCACAGGAGUCAAAACUCAGAUGGUUUAAUAACUGGUUUGCUGUAAUACUUAGAUGCUCAUUACCAUGUUUCCUUCUCUUCUUCCUGGUUAGUUUCCUGUUUAGUUUUACUUUUAGUUCCUGUCAUGUUUUUGUGCUAAAUUUAGAUCCUGUAUUAUUGAAUGCAGAAAAUGGUUGAUUACCUGUGUAAUAAUGUGUUGUGUGAGUUGGUUUCUCUUUGUAGUUUCUGCCUGAUAUAAUAUUUGGUUUUAGGAAGCUAAUUCACUUUCAGGUAAUAAAGUUCUGUGUUCAGCGUG